AUGGAUUUGCUAAUACUGCUCAGCGUCACCCACGCGGGCCGUACAGUCGACCUCUCACUCGCGCCAUCCUCAUCAACCGCCUCACUCUCUGAAACCCUUUCCAACGAGUUCGACCUCUCGCCGAGCUCGCUGAAGCUGCUGGUCAAGGGGAAGAAGUUGGAUUUGAAUCGAGGCGGAGCGGGCAGCUUUCAGGAAGCGCUGGAACGGACGUUCGGCUCGACGACGGUGGCGGAGAGUCGGACUAAGCCUGUCAAGGCGCUCCUGGUGGGCACGAAGCGGAGCGAACUGGAAGCGAUGGAGGCGCAGGACGCACUGCGGCGGAAGAAACACACCGCCUUCCUCUUCCACCAGCAACAUCAAGCCCGACCUUCCUCUCGAUCCGGCGUACAUUCCCUCUCCGACUCGCUCAACGACCCUGCCAACUUCCGCUUUCAUCAUCUCGAACCAUUCCCGAAGAGCGUGCCGUUCUUCGACCGGCGGAAGGCCAUGCUCGAGCGAUUGGCGGAGGAUCCGGCCGUCAAGGAUGUCAUGCGGCGGCACAAGUUCGCGGUUGGCGUUCUGACCGAGCUUCAUCCGACUCUGCACACGAACUUCUCGACUGGCGAGAAACUGCUCGGGCUCAACACGAACGCCGGGCAGAAGAUUUCGCUGCGACUACUCACGGACGACCUGGACGGACUGCGCUCGUACAAUGACGUUCGGCGGGUCUUGCUUCACGAGUUGAGCCAUAACCGCUUCGGCGACCACGACAACAACUUCAAAGAGCUCAACUCGCUCCUGAACCGCGAAGUCGCCGCCUUCGAAUCUUCGCCCGCCUUCGAGCCGUGGGACCCUCCAUCCGCCUCGUCCGCUCGCACAGCGGAAGAGCAUCGCCUGAAUGAAGAAGCGGCUGAAAAGGCGGAUCACCAGCUCAGGUUCGGGUUGGAAGACUUUGUGGACGAGCGGAGGGAGAAGGCGGGGAAGGCGGCGGAGGAGAGAGCGAGGAAGGCGCGCGAGCAGGAACGGAGGUAG